AUGGUUUCAGAUCGCACGCAACCCGGCUUAACCUCGGCACCUCGUUCAUCAGCAAAACCCCUCGUCGGGAUCGAUGCUACCCUAAACCCCCCCGAGAGAGGUCGACCUGUCGCAAAAAAAGCAGGCUUAAAGAUGCAGUGGACCCCCGAGCACAGCCAGUGGGCCGAACAGCAUUUUGACAUCUCCUCCACCACGCGCUCACCGGCCCACAAGGCCGAGGCCUACAGAGCCGUACCGGGCCACCUGCAGCGCUCUGCCACCUACCAGUAUGCCUGGGCCAACGACGAUAUCUCGGCCCUCACCGCCUCCAACCUUCUCAAGAAGUACGCCGAGAAGUACUCUGGCAUCCUGGAGAUGCCAGGCUCCUACUCUGAGGCUCCUGGCGUCCCCGGCGUGAUGAACGGACGCAAAGGUGAAUCAGAGCCCUGGCAGGACGGGGUCUACCCCAUGAGCUGCAUCCCCGAGGGGGUUUCGGUCAGGAAGGGAGGGGUGGCAGCAGCUUCCGAGGUGGUGUCUGGUAUGUGCAGCUCCCCGGGCCUCGCUUCCAGCACCCUGAGCGAGCCCAGCUACUCCAGCAGCAGCUGUGGGAGCCACACGGCCACCGCCCUCCACUCGUCCUCCAUGCCCUCUCAGGAAUACGGCCCGGCUUACAGUGGCUCUUACCUGCACAGUAGUUACAGCUCCCAGGCUGCCCCUACCCCGGCGCUGCCCUCCCCACUGCACAGCUCCGGGCUCCUGCAACCCCCACCUCCGCCGCCCUCCCACCCCACUUUGGUCCCAGCUUACAACGGAGGCUCCCCCAACCUAUCUAGUUAUAAUUACCCCCCAGCAGGCUACCCAGCUCAGAGCUCAGUGGGUCCCGGAUACAGCCCUGGGGGAGCACCCCCUCCUUCCUCCUACCUCCCCUCAGGCAUCGCUGCACCUACACCCCUUCCCCCUUCUUCUGCUUUACCCGGAUACCCAUACCAGAGCCACAACCUGACCCCAAUUGCCCCCACCCCCCUCAACAGUAGCUCCUCCAACUCGCUGAAGAGGAAAGCCUUCUACAUGACAGGCCAAGGAGAGAUAGACUCCACUUAUGGUAAUUUUGGCUAUGGCCAGGCUCGGAGCUCGGCUGAAAGCCCCAUGUACAGGGUAGCAGACGGCAACGGUUCAAACGGGGGCUCCAGCAGUGGAGGAGGUGGUGGUGGAUUUGACAGGAGCGCGGAAAAGUCAUCUUUACCCUUUAAUCCUCAGAAGCAGUCCACCAUGCCCUCAGAGCAGCAGCAGCAGAGGAAGUACAGCAGCCAGGCAUCAGGUGGGCCACUCACCCCACCAUCCUAUGUCUCCUCCACUCUGGGGGGCUCCCGCUCAGCAGACUCCCUUGCCAGCUUCACCUCUCCUUCUCUGACUGAGCAGGGCGCUGAUGACCACCGCCUUCACCUCUCCCACUCUGCACCAGGGCCUACUUCCUCCUCUUCUUCGUCCUCCUCCCGGCCUGCUGAGGAGCAGCUAAAAAGCAGCGACCCUCACCUCCUGGACAUGGUUACCUCUGAGAUCCUCCAGCAGGGCCCCCCGGUGGAUUGGAGUGACAUUGCAGGUCUGGAACUGGCCAAGGCUACCCUGAAAGAGGAGGUGCUGUGGCCCAUGCUGCGCCCAGACAUGUUUAGUAGUCUGGGACCAGCCCCACGCUGUGUGCUGCUGUUUGGCCCCAGGGGCAGUGGCAGGACGUUGCUUGGACGCUGCCUGGCCAGCCAGCUAGGGGCACCAUUCCUCCAGCUCAGUGGCUCCACGCUGGCCACAAAGUGGCUGGCAGAGGGCGAGAAGAUUCUACGAGCAUCAUUUCUGGUGGCACGCUGCCGGCAGCCCUCUGUGUUGUUCAUUAGCGAAGUGGACAUGCUGCUGUCAGCCCACCUCAGUGAAGAGAGUCCUGUUAACCGGCUGAAGGGUGAGCUGCUUGCCCAGUUGGACUCUCUCCUCCUGGGCCCGGGUGAGGAUGGGAGCAACCAAGUGUUGGUGGUCUGCUCCACCAGCAGGCCGCAGGACAUGGACGAAGGGCUCCGCAGGUACUUUGCCCGGCGGGUCCUGGUACCCCUGCCAGGUGGCGCGGCCCGACACCAGAUCUUGAACCAGCUCCUGGCUCAGUCUCAGCACAAAUACUGUCUGAACGAGGAGGAGCUGGCACUGCUGGUCCAGCGUACGGAGGGUUUCUCUGGCCUGGACCUGGCUAGACUCUGCCAGGAGGCCCUGGUAGGUCUGCUGCAUUCCUCCACGCAGGGCAUGGACAUGUCAGGCAUGAUGCCCAGGGGACAGAUCAGGCCCCUCACCUACCAGGACUUUGAUAGCCUCUUUCGUAAAUUCCAGGCCAGUAUAUCACAGAAAGAGAUUGACACGUACACUGAGUGGAACAAAAUGUUCGGCUGCAGCCAGUGAAGAGAUAGAUUCCGCCCUUGAGAAAAAGA